CAGAGAUGGAAGGAUCCUGACCAUCAUACUAGGGUGCCUAGCAUCACCCUGGACCACACUGUAGAAACAUCACACCAGUAAGAGGGCAGGGCACAGAGUGGAGCCCUCUGGACUGGAGACAGAAAACAGCGAAGAGGCUGCCAUCUUAGUCCAGGAAGGUGGGAGUCAAUCAUUUUGACAAGUCUCCUGAAAGGAACAGCUAGCGGGAGCUGAAACCUUUUUCCAUUUGGUCUCGUGGCAGAGAUCACACCAGCAGCUCCACACAAUAUGACGUGCUCACUAAUGUCCUCUGAACAGUCUUCUGGAACUUCUCUCUUGCCUAAAGACAGUGCCCCAUUUUCUUGGGGUUCUUUGGAUGAGGAUGGGUUGGAUGACUCCUUGCUGGAUCUGUGUGAGGGAGAAGAAGAUGAUGGCCAUUUCAGUUUCACAGAGGAAGAUAUUCAAGAACUCUUGAAGGAUGACGACCUUAAAGAUGAUAGCAGGCGUAUUGAGAAAGGAGAGAAAGGAAGUCAAAUUCUGUUUGACACUUCCCAAGAGAAAAAUUCAUUGUACAGCUUGGGACCAGUAGCUGAGACCUCCGGCCUCUUAAAACUACCUCAGCUAAGUACAUCAGUUGGUCAUGGACCAACUCUUACUAAACCAUUAAACAGACAAUUUGCACUAGAAAAGAAUCUUAUAAAAAUAACAGUUGUUACACCAUUUGAUCCAACAGUUUGUGAUGCUGUGCUUGAUAAGGACAAGACUGAUUCAUUCAAAGAUACUGAAAAACCUUCCUCCCCUGGGGAAGAGAUGAGAAAAGAUGGUCUUAGCCCAAAUGAGAGCAAACUGUGCACUGAGUCUGAAGGGAUUGAUCCCAGUAAUUCUGCUUGGGAUGUGCCCCCACUUUCUUCUCCUUCAGACAGUGACUUUGAACAAACUGUGUCUGAUAAAAAUACACUUGAGAGUAAGAGACCUACACCUGUAUUCUCUCAGAUCGUGGACCAUUCAGAGACUCCUAAUACGGGGUCGUCCUGGAAAAAUGGAUCACAUAAAUCAAAUUGUGAAGUGAGGUUUCCGGUUGUUUCCAGUUCAUCAAACAAACAGGAUGUUCUUGACAAGGAUUCGGGGAGGCUGAAAGUCAAUGAGAGAAGACUAGUCAAAGUCCCUCCUGUUCUACAAAACAAAAGAAGGACUAAUGUUUCGACGUUUUCACAGUCAGAUCUAGAAAAGCAGAAGGAAAGUUAUCUCAAGGAAGUCAUUGCUCAUAUAACACACGCGAAGGACACUAACCAAGGUGCCUUGGGGGAACUGUAUGCCCUGAUGGGUCAAGUUCAUCAUAUGCAGAACCCAAAGUGGCAACAUCCUUCGGACCUCACCAUGAGAAACUACGCUAGGUUCCGGCAGAAACCUCUGCAAAGAUGCAGUCUGACUCAGUGGGUCGACAGGAACAUGGGAAGCCAACAUCGAUUCCAGCGUGUCCUGGACUUCCAGUCAAGUCCAUUUGUCUCAUCCCAUCAGCAGUGAAGGGCCCUAUCCUAUUCAGAGCAGCAUCUCAUCUUCUGCUCUUUCGUGCUUUGUAGAUUUUGGAUUUUAUUUUUCACAAGAUUUUUAUUUAAAGAACUUGUCACCUUUUGGAAAUUUCCAUUGCUGACUUGAAAUUUUUUUGUAUAAGGUCCUUCUUGUUUGUCUGUGUGCAUGCGUUUAAGCACUGUCACGUUUUAAUUUUUUUAUUUAAAUUGAAGGUGGCCACUUCUUGAAAGCCAGCAUUAGGCCAGAAUACUUAGGCUCGAGCAAAACACCCACCUCAACACAGAGGUGAUAUCUGUUUCUUGUGCUGAAAAGAGAACCAUCUUUUAAUCUCCUAUAAGGAAGAGAUUACCAGGCUGCAAGCCAGUGUUAAUUAUUGCUGACGACUUAUAAAUGGACAUAAGUCACUUUUAACAAUGCCUCUCACUUUUUUAUUUGAAUCUCUGAGUACUUGCCAGUAUUUUAAAGUUGGUAAUCCAGGACAUUUGAAGUAGGUUGGAGCAGGACAAAAAUCCUGUUGUUGAAAGGACAAAUUAAAAGUGUAAAUCUUCUCUCC